AAGGCUGCUCAAACGAGUUUGGCCCCCUAACGAAGGGAAACCGGCACAAACGCCUUCGGUAGCCAACAUGCGAUCCGGAGCAGCAGCUGGCAAUCUCUGCCAGGACACCCCCCCCCGCCCCUGUAAUCGCUUUCGCUUUCGCUGGGGCGGAAGUGGAAGAAGCACGUCGGGGCGGAAAGAAACGGAAGCGGCGGCAGGGCGAGGGGCGGCUGGGCUCUCCUUGGCGGUUGGGUGGAGGCGCCCUCCUGGCCUGCUGGCCGGCCAGCCUCCCCGCCAUCCAAAACCAUGAGCGACGGGGCGGGCUGCAAAGAGGCGCGCCCCUAUUACUACUGCCUCAAGUUCGCGCUCUCGGCAUACGCCACCCUCUUCUCGUUCUUCUGGGUCCUGUUGGCCAUCUUUAUCACUGAGUUGCUGCUGUUGUUUAUCGAAAUAAUCUUUGAAAAGCAGAUGAAUGCAGUUCUCCAUUCCAGCAUUCAGGAUGGGAUAAGACAUUAUUAUGAUGAUUUGGACUUCAAAAAUAUUUUGGACUUUGUUCAACAAAAGUUUUCCUGCUGUGGCAGUGAUGAAUUCAGAGACUGGCAUGUGAAUCCAUACCAUUCAUGCAACAGUAGUGGUCCUCUGGCCUGUGGGGUGCCCUACACGUGCUGCAUCAAGAAGGCCCCAGGAGAAGUCAUUAACACCCUGUGCGGAUUCAAGGCUCUAAAUAAAGAGCGACUGCAGCUGGUGGACACUAUCCAUGUCCGUGGUUGUAUCCAUGCGGUGGGCUUGUGGCUUAAAGACAAUUUUGAAGCAACUUUCGGAAUUGUUUGCUCUUUGCUGGUUCCACAGGUAGUAGGCUUGGUGAUGACCUGGUUAUACUGGCAAAAGCUCAAUGAGAUUCAUUCCAGUCUGGACACUGUGGAUUUCAAGCUACUGGACAUGACUGGCUACAACUUUGCCACUCUGGACCUCACCGGUGCUGGCUGGUGCUGGUGUUUACCCCGUGAAGGCGGCUACUUGCCAGUCCUUGGCAAAGAUGACGAUGUGGUAGAUGAUGGCAUCUGCCAAAGUAAAGUAUGAUGUUUUGGGACUGUCUGAGCAACCGACCUCAGAGAAUCUGAUCAAGGCCUUUGGUCAUCCACAGAUGGAGAAUAGCAAUGUGUUUUCUUAAAAUUAGCAGAGAAAUAAAUAAAUAAGUAUCACCAAGGAUGCUUUGUCUUCAAAGUCCCACACAGUCUUCAGAAGAUGGGGUGGGAUGCAUGUUGGUGUUAAUGUUCAUUAUUCAGGUUCAGAAAGUGUCCUUUUUUCUGAUUUUAGGAUCCCACCACUUUUUGUAUGCCCCUUUUGGAACUAAAAUAUCUUUAUCUGAUAUCUUUCACUGAAUGCAUCCUAGAAGUUAAGAGCAGAUACAACAUAAAAGUUGUCCAUUUUAGCGUCCUGUUUAAAAUGCUUCUUCUUUCGCCCAGAUGCACCAUCUGUCCCUUGAAGCCUUGUGGAUCUAUUUGCGGCUCAGCUUCCUUCCAUGCAAUUUUUAAGGUGUCUUUCUUCUUUGCUACAUAAACCAAGCUAAACGGGAAUCAUAAUGAUGCCACAGCUAUGUAGUCAGCAGAUGUAGCUCUGGGGCACAGUGGAGGACUUUCCUUGGAAGUCUGGUCUAAAA